AUGUUUACGCCCUCCGUCACCCCUUCGGUUCCCACACCAAAUAUACGAGAAAAAAAUAGCGAAGAAACGAGUGUCAUAAACGUGGCGCUACACAAGCCUACGAAUAUCAGUUCUAUCUACGUACAGGGACAUCCGGAUUUUGCAGUUGAUGGGAGUUUUGCCUCUGAUUUAAACUACUGCUCUGCUACAGCCCAUUACGACAUGAUGCCCUGGUAUCUGAUUGACUUCAUGGGGACAUUCAGACUGUCAUAUGUCAACAUCACAAACAGGAAUUCCUUCCCGCAACUUAUGCACAGUUUGGCCAUAGAGCUGUUUACCCAGAAUCCUUCACGUUGUAAGACGGCUGUUUCGCAGCUGUGCAGUAAUUUCACAAGCGGGUACCUGGGUGUAUCCGAGACACGGGCGUUCCACUGUGUCACGCCCUUAGUUGGACGAUUUCUGCGUGUUACCAAGUGGGGAAUGAAAGGUAACGUGUAUGACGUUCUGCAGUUGUGUGAAGUGGAGGCAUUUGCCACUCCUACAGAUAAUUGCGAAUAUCCAGCACUUUAUCACAAAUCUGCCGGAACGAGGCUAGUAGUCGAAAAUACCGGAAAUAACAAUAAUGGAAGUGUAGGUGUUUCCAACAUAAUGGAGUGUUCGACGAAAUGUUUGCGAAACGGGACAUGUCUGUCGUUCAACUACAACGACGACGACAAAGAAUGCCAGCUCAUUCCGAACCCAACCAAGUUGGACACCAUCGAAGACGACAUCAAAUGGGAUUACUACGGCGAAGAUCUUUGUUAGAAUCUCACGACGACAAUGUGGUGAUUGCUGUUAGCACGAGCAUCAAAAACUAUUUAAUACUACAACUACAGCUUCAAAAACGGCGCAGGGACUCCCCCACCUACUUUCCGCCACCAGCCUUACUAUAGAUCUAUUACCAGUGGCGGAUCUAGGGAGGGGGCAGGAGCCCGGUUCCCCCCUAAAUUUUGCGACAUUUAUAAUGUUAUCAUAUAUUAACUUUCAUCCCCCUCCAAACCUCCCCCAAAGUUGCUCUGGCAUUCCGCCUCAUAUCAUCUCCCCCCCCCCCCCCCCAAAUGGAUUUUCUGGAUCCGCCACUGAUUACCUAAAUGGUUUAUACAUGUAUACAAUCUUCGCCUUGAGUAAACUUAUAGAUUGCA